AUGGAACUGGUGUGGAUGGCUGAGUCUUAUGAUGUCUGUUAUAGUGACACUAUAAUUUUGGACAGAGGUAUAUUCUUGCUCACUCGUCUUCUCUGCUCAAGGAUCACUUCACAUCCAAACUCUACUUUAGUAGUUUAUUCCAAUGGCUUUUCCUUAGCUAAUUCUUUUCUUCUUCUUUUUUUUUUUUGUUUAAUAUGCUGUAACAACCAAGACGUGGCUGCUGGUUGCUUUGAGAUUUGCAAAGAAGGCUUUGAAAUUAGAGGUUAUAUAUAUGACACAGGAGAAGGAGACAUCUUGGGAUUGUGGGCAAUGAUAUAA